AUGGGGCUUCAAGUAGCACUAGCAGGAAGCAUUUUGCUACUCGUGGCUGUGUUCGAGCUAUGGCGCCUUUUGGUAUGCUCCAUCUUCACGCUGAUCGUGAAAGCCGGCUUGCUGAGGAACAUCGCAGUCGACCCGCACACGAAAAUUUCGGUGAUGACAGCGACGGUCAAGAUCUCGCUCUGGCCACAGUUGUGGAACUUCCUACGCGCACCUAAAGAAGAGAAACUCCUUGUAGUGCUGUUAUCUUCUAUUCACUUGCUGGUGGUCAAAUCUACUGCCGACCUAGCAACGACCCCGCAGAGACGAGAAGUCUCAGCGUCGCCUCCAUUUUGGCAGACGCUGGAAACAUCAAUAGGCCUCAACGACAUUCAACACCCGAUAUGGAAUGGAGUUCGUGUGUGGUUUCCACGACUGAUGUUUCUUUUCCGCAGUGUACACGCUAUCGAGCUGGGUGUGAGCUCUAUGUCGGUGGAUAUUGUCCAGAAAGACGAAGAUGUAGUGACCCCAAUGCUUAACAUAAAGAAUGGAAGUGUGUUUGUGAACGCCGCGUUUGAUACCAAGUCCAAUGAGUUGUCAUGCACAGUGGCAUUAUCUCGAACGGAGUCGGUGCAAGUAAUUAUUCCAGGGCUAAACGCGACUACGACGCUUGGCCGCACUGAAGUGAACAUACGAGUACCGAUCUAUCACAACCACGAACAACUGCGCGCUCUGAUCCCGUCAGCAUAUUCGGUGAUUAUUGACGUGAUUCAAGUAAAUCUUGAUCUCGAGCAUACUAUUAAAGCAGCACUAUGCCCAAAAGAACAGCAGUGCUAUGGAGAACCCAGUACUAACGCUGCUGCGGCUAGCUGA